AUGAGUGGAUCCAAAGGCAGAGGCCGCGGUGGGAGAGGUGGUAGAGGUGGUAGUGGAAGGGGUGGAUCAUCACAAAGAGGUGGAUUCAACUCAAGAGGAGGUAGAGGCAGAGCUGCUGGUCACAGUGUAUACAAAAUUGGCGAUGUGCAUGUUGAGUUUGAAAAGAAAGCAAGAAAUGAAGAUGCAUUACUGGCUUUGCAAAAAUACAAACUGAAAUACGCUUCUGAAAUUGAGGACGAACCGUACAAGAUUCAAUUGAGGCCCGAUUACGGAAGCGUCGGUGUUAAAACCGAAGUUGGUACAAAUUAUUUCAAGUACCAAGUUGCGGGAUUGAAGUUGUACACUUACUUUGUCGAGGAUCAAGAAGACCCAGAGAAAGGAGACGCAAAAGAAAAGGAGUUUAAAGGCAAACGUCCAACUCUAAAGGUUAGAGAUGCUGUCAAUAAUUACUUGUUCACCAUAGAGCCUUUCAAGAGCAAACGCUCUCAGAUUUACUACCGUGACUUCCAUACGCUUUAUGCCAAGAUCCCAUUACCGAUAGAGGAUGAUGCUGUCUAUCCAAUCCCUGGAAAAUCGGCUUCCAUUAAAGUGCAGUUUGUCAAAGAAUUAAAGUUUGAUGACUUGAUCAAGUACUCGACAAUUAAAAAGUACACAAAAGACUUUCAAGAGGUUACAGAGUACACUAAUGCUUUAAUUUCAGUGAUUGGGUCAAAAGUUUUGGAAAACAAAAGCGUUGUUGGCUUGGGUUCAAACAAGUUUUUCUUUUUUGACAAGAACACUCCAAUUGAAGAUUUUCAACAGGGUUUGUUUAUCGCAUUGGGGACUUUUCUUUCCGUUAGACCCUCCUUCAAUAGUAUCCGAGUCAACUUAAAUCCCACUCCCGCGAUAUUCUACAAGGCAUUCAAGCCUGACGGACAGCCAAUGAACGUCAUUGAUUUGACCAAGGAUUAUCUUGGAAUAUCUCAAACGCCAACUGAAUCAGAUUUCAAAAAGGUGCAACCUUUCCUCAAGGGUGUUAAGAUUUACCGGGAUUAUCUCAAGAGAAUGUCAGGCAAAGCGGUUCAAGGGUUGUAUUUCAAGGAGAAUGCAAAUACUCAUACAUUUGAAGAAUCCGAGGGAAAAGUAGUGUCUGUUGCCACUUACUUUGAAGCCAAAUGGGGAAUCAAAUUGAAGUACCCCAACUUACCUUUACUUAAGAUUGGACCAACUGCUUAUGUGCCAAUGGAGGUUGCUUUCAUUGUGCCACACCAGCAAUUUAAAGGAGAUGUAUGGGACACAAGAACAAUAAUCAGGCUCACUGCGAUGCGACCAAUGGACAAGGCAAAAUUAAUUAAUCAACAUAAAUCGUCUACAUUUGGUGACGUUGACUUUGGUAAGGUUGAUUCACAGUUUACAAAAGUUACAUCAAGAGUGUUGUCUGCACCUGUUAUUGAGUACAAAAACAAGAAGAUUGUUUACAAAGAGGAGGCAUUUAACGGGAAAACUGAAAAAAGCAAAGGGAACUGGAAUCUUGAGAGUGCUCAGUUUGUUGAAGCUCCUAAGGGGAAACCUCUUUACAAGUUUGGUGUUGUCGUCUUGAAAAAUCAGUAUCUUUCAAGAAAAAAGGAUGACCUAGCCCAAGCCUGCUCAUUACUCUUUGGAGAAUUGAACAGAUUGGGAAUCAAGAAUGCCGGUGACAAGUUUAUGAAAUACUCGGUUGACUUGAACUCGUCAAGCAUGACUGAUGAAGGUCUGCUUGAAAAACUGAUUGCAGGUAUAUUCCAAACUGCCAAAUUGAAAGACAAGUGUGACUACAUAAUUGCAAUUUUGCCAUCAAAGGAUACAAAAUACUACCGUUGCGUGAAAUGUGCCGGUGACUUGAAGGUUGGAAUAAACAAUAGUUGUGUAGUUUUGGAUACAUUCACCAAAAAGAAGUUUGACAAGUUUGACAUGUCUUUGUUUGCUCAAUUGGCCAUGAAGAUUAAUUUAAAAUUGGGUGGUUCCAACCAUAGAUUAUCGAGUGGCAGCAGCACCGGCUUGUUUGAUAACAAAAAUGUUCCCGUGUUUAUACUUGGAGCAGACGUGACGCACCCCACUGGCCAACAAAACGAGGACGCAGUCUCCGUUGCUGCAGUUGUUGGCAGUGAGGAUGGCAUUUUCAAUAAAUUUCCUGGUUCCAUUCGAGCUCAAGCUGGCGGCCGGGAAAUCAUUACCGAUGUUAAAUCCAUGGUGUAUGAGAGGUUGGAGAAUUUUCACAAGAAAGUGAAGGGAUUGCCUUCAAAAGUCUUGUUUUACCGUGACGGCGUUUCUGAAGGACAGUAUUACACUGUGUUGAAAGAGGAAUUACCCAAGAUCAAGGCUGCUUUUGUGGAAUACGGUAAGCUGCAUAGCAUGCCAAAUUACAAUCCAAAAAUCACUUUCAUGAUUGUCGUGAAAAGACACCAUACCAGGUUCAUUCCCCUUGAACAGAAUGCUAUAGAUGCCGUGACUAAAGGGAAGGUGGCUGUCACCUCUAAUGAGAAUGUUAUCCCUGGUACCAUCGUUGAUCGUGAUAUCACGUCUAUUGCAUUUUUUGAUUUCUAUAUUCAAUCUCAGCAGGCGUUGCAAGGUACAGGUAUACCAGCACAUUAUUACGUUUUACACGAUGAGAACAAGUACACUUCCGACAAGAUACAACAAAUCACAUACAAUCUUUGUCAUACUUUUGGAAGAGCCACAAAGAGUGUGAAGGUGGUUCCUGCUGCUUAUUAUGCAGACCUUUUGUGCACUCGUGGAAGAUGCUAUGUUGGCUCUGCGAUGAAAGAGGGAGCUACAGGCACCGCGCUUCUCGCUGAGUUCAAGAAAAGAUUGGGCGAUAAUGUUGCCGCUGGAAUCAGGAAUACCAUGUUUUAUAUUUAG